UCUAAUAGGCUGAUUUGGUUUGUUAAAAAGAACAUAAUUUAUUUGAAAUAGAAAUCUUUUGUGAUAUUAUAAAUGUCUUUACUGUCAUUUUUGAUUAAUGUAAUGCUUCCUUGCUAAACAAAAGUUUGAAUUUCUUUUUAAAAAAUCUUACAGACCCCAAAGCUUAGAAUGGCAGUGUAUAUACAUAUUGACUAAAUGAUUUUUGUAUUGUCGGGACUCUCGUAAUUGAUUAAACCUCUCAGUAAUCAAUUUUGAAAAUGCCAAGAAAAUGACAUACAUAGAAGGAUGUUUUGUUUGCCAUAACCUCCUUGGUUUACACUUAACUUGGUGUAAUGUUGGCAUGCCCCUCACUGUUUAACAGAAGUUAACAGCAAGUUAUAUAUUUAGUUCUGUUUUCAGGAAGAAGUCUGUUAGAUGGGGACUGGAAAUAGAACAAUGAUAAUCUAGCAAAGCAAAUAAGGCCUCGAUAUUUCCAGAAAGCAAUAUAGCUCUUUGCCUGUUUAAAAAGCUACUUUAAAUGACUAAAACGCUAAGACAACAUUAAUGUGAUGUAGCGCAUGGCUGUCUUAUGCUUUACAUCAGAUGAUGUGUUUACCAUCAUAGUAUCCUCUACAAAAAGGAAGUAGAGGAGUCUUCUCUCUGAAUUGUCAUGGUGUCUUCAUGGAAUCUAUGUGUCACUUUCUGUGUGUCAUCUUCUUCAUUCUUUGUCUGUGUUUUCGCAAAUUGUUUGUCACAAAUAAGCGUUGGCUAUUACAAUGUUUCCAGGCAUUGUCAUCUGAAACAGAGCCAUUUAGGGAAUAAGCUAAUAAGCCUCUUAGGAUUACCACUUUCUCUGUUUCUGGUGGGCGGCGCAGCACAAAGUCCUUUAUUUGGUGCUGCCUGGUCUAAGUAUUUUAAAUAAAAGUGCACUUAGGGAUGCCCACAUCCCCUUUUAACUGCCUAGGUCAUGUACAAAUGCCUCUGAUGUUUGACGAGAAUUGUGGUCUGAUCCAAAAUAAAUAUUUUCUCAUCCCCAAAGGUUAAACCCAAAGGGACCACAUGUUCUUUGUGGCCCAACCAGCCGUUCUCCAUGUUGACGACAUGUAAAGCAUUCAGAAUACAUUGUGCUGUCUGUCAUACACUGAAUAGUAGAUUGUUUCUGUACUAUUACCAUCAUAUUUAUGAAUCUGAAUUACUGUGAAUUUAGCUUUCUAAUGUCAAUCAGAGUUUGGUAAAUGAACACAGGCUGAGAGAACACAGCCACUUUCCCCUUUCCUCGUUGUGAUGUGUUUAUCUGAGAGUCUCAACCAUGUAUCAAUAGGGGUUGAGUCUAAUAAACAAAAAAUAAUCUGGUUUAGCUGUCAAUUAUGCAUUGGAUUUGACUGACAUGUGAUUCUGUAUUUAUUUGCUCCAUAUGUGAACUCUAGAAUUCACUUUGUUUUCAGAGUUUAGCAGUACAGUGUCUGAGUGACAGCACAGAUCACACCUCACAAUUAGCAUCACGUCAUAAACGUCUGUUCUUCAAACAUCCCUCUUGAGCAAACUGAAUUUUGUGGAAAAACUGGAAUUUCAAAAUCUGGAUCUGAGCCAGCCAAUAGAGAAGCAGGGUCCAUUUGAUGUCAUCAUCCACAAGCUGACCGAUCACAUUGUUGAUGCUGACCAGAAUGUCACAGAGUCUAUGCUACUUGUUCAGGGUGUUCAGGACUACAUAGAUGCUCACCCUGAAACAGUGAUUCUGGACCCUCUUCCGGCCAUUCGUACCUUGCUGGACCGCUGCAAGUCAUACAAGCUAAUCCAUAAACUUGAAGACUGCAUGCAAGAUGACAGAAUCUGCUCACCUCCAUUCAUGGUUCUCAAGAGUGAAUGUGGCACUGAGACUCUGGAGCAACUCCACAAACAUGGAAUCACAUUUCCUUUCAUCUGCAAAACCCAGGUAGCUCAUGGCAUUAACUCCCAUGAGAUGGCCAUUAUAUUCAGUGAGGAAGAUCUGAAAGACAUCAAGCCCCCGUGUGUCCUCCAGAGCUUCAUCAACCAUAAUGCAGUGCUGUAUAAGGUGUUUGUAGUGGGAGAGGCCUACAGUGUGGUGCAGCGGCCCUCGAUUAGGAAUUUCCCAUCUGGACCCACAGACAGGAGAGCAAUAUCUUUCAACAGCCAUCACGUGUCCAAACCAGAGUCCUCGUCUCACCUGACCUGCAGGGACAACAUGGAGGGCCAGUACUGGGCACCAAACAAUGAUGUCAUUCAGAAGAUUUCCAGAAGGUUACGACAGGCCCUCGGCAUUUCUCUGUUCGGAAUUGACAUCAUCAUCAACAACCAGACCGGCCAGCACGCUGUCAUCGAUAUCAACGCGUUCCCAGGUUACGAGGGAGUGCCUGAGUUUUUCGAUGACCUGUUGAGUCAUAUCGCCAGCAUCCUGCGGGGUCAGGCAUCUAGCGGAGCGGCAUGCGGUCAUCUAAAAGUGAACGGGAUAGCGCAGAGUCCGUCUGUGGCCUGUGGGAUGCACUGUGGCUUGCUGGGAAAUGAAAGCAGUUGGUUGAUGGACAGCGAGGGGAUGAAGAAAGGUCCCCAUCAAGGACUGAGUUGUGGUGGUGCUUGCAUGGCUCCAAACUUUCAUCAGCAUGGCAGAUCCAGUUUAGCAGCGGAGACAUCUUCGCAGUGACAUGGAGAGCCAUUGCAAUAUUAAUAUUUCAUUACUGUUCACAAACCAAAUGAUCCCUCAUCAAAGGGUAGAUGUAUAGAAAAGUCCUUUGUGCCAAAUGUGAAUUGUGUUGGAAAUGAUUAAAUGUGUAUUGAUUGUCUUUUCAUUUAUUUAAUGUUUGAAAGGGGCGACCUGAUCUUGGAAAUGUAUGUGAUUUUCUUUUUUUUUAAUAAACGUUGCACUGAACAUGAUUUUCUGAGAAAAGGGCUUUGUGGAGGAACAGAAAAUAUUAUUAAUGUUAGUAUAUUAAUGAGAUACUUGAAAGGAAAAUAGGUGUCAUGAUUUGGGUGUAAGACAUUGCACUAUUUAGUGUCCAGCUGGCUCUAAGCCUUCUCUGAAGGUAAGAUUUUUAUAAGGCUAAUCAUUUCACAUCUAGAGGGCCGGGAAACUUUGUUCCUUGACAAUGUUCAUUAUUGGCUGAAUUAUCCUUUCAAAAUCAUGGACAAAUUUGUUAAAUUUGCUAUUUUGACAAUUGAGUUUGUUUGUUGGUCUGUUUUGUGCCCCAUCACAUUGUGUUGUUCUUGUACAUGAUGUAUACUUUGUAAAUAUGUUAAUUUUUUUUUUUUUUUUUGAGACAAAAAAGAGCCUCUGAAAUAACACAAAACAAUGAAAUGGACAAUAAAACCAAACUUAAACAUUGGGAA